CAUACGUGUGACGUAGAGGUGAGAGGUCGGAGCGUCGUCCUGCACACACGGGAGAAUGACAACAUUACGAGCUUUCACGUGCGAUGAUCUGUUUAAAUUCAACAAUAUUAAUCUGGACCCCUUGACAGAAACUUAUGGCAUUCCCUUCUAUCUUCAAUAUUUGGCUCACUGGCCGGAGUAUUUCAUAGUGGCAGAGGCUCCAGGAGGGGAACUGAUGGGCUACAUCAUGGGGAAGGCAGAAGGGUCCGUGGCCAGGGAGGAGUGGCACGGGCACGUCACGGCUCUCUCUGUGGCCCCAGAGUUCAGGCGACUGGGUCUGGCUGCUAAACUCAUGGAGAUGUUAGAGGAGAUCUCAGAAAGGAAGGGCGGAUUCUUUGUGGAUCUCUUUGUUCGGGUUUCCAACCAAGUUGCUGUGAACAUGUACAAACAGCUCGGCUACAGCGUGUACAGAACGGUUAUAGAGUAUUACUCUGCCAGUAACGGUGAACCUGACGAAGAUGCGUAUGAUAUGAGGAAGGCUUUAUCCAGAGACACAGAGAAGAAAUCCAUAAUUCCGCUUCCACAUCCUGUCCGACCAGAAGAUAUCGAAUAACACUAAUAAGUGGCUCUCUGAAACCAUCAACAUCCAACUGGGAAAACCAACGUUUGCUUUUUGUCACAAUAAUGAUCUGAAAUGUCAGAGAGUCACUGCUUUGAAUUGUUGUUUUCUAUUGGGUUAAUAAAGCUGAAACUAAUAGGACAUUGGAAAUGUACUGUAGUUACACGAAAUAAAAAUGUUUAAGGGAAAACUUU